UUUAUUAUCUUCCUGUUACAGGGCGGCCAGUUUAAGUUGCCAUAGCUGCGUUGAGAAACUAGUCAGUUGCAGGACAGGAUGUAUUUUCAGUUUCUGUGAUUUUUUUUAAGCAAAGAGAAGCAGUUAUAUCCAUGGCGGAGUCUUCCAGUGAUUCUGAUACUUACAGUAGAAAUCGAAGGAGCCAUCAAGGACCAAGUCAAACAACGCAUUUGGGUGCCCGUCAAAGAAGCAGAAUAAAUGGUGCAGAAGAUAUUGCAGAGAAAAUUGAUACAUUAGCAAGCACUUUACAGGAUACAACACGAACACUUAAUAAUGUUGACAGGAUGCUGGGACAUUACAGGGAUCACACAGAAGAUCAAACUGAAGCCAUGUCAACACUUAGGGAAAAUUUGGAAAAAUCUAUUCGACAACUAAGAAGCCAAAGGUUACAUAGAUCAACAGCUGGAAGAAGUGCAUCUCUUUCAACUUUGCACACAAGUGACUUAGAAGGUGCCACAGCCUCUGAAAGCCACAUUUACCGGCCUACUUCCCCACUUCGGGACUAUGGAGAACUACAAGGCUCCAGAAGAAGGAGAUCCAGGUCUGCAAAUGUACGAUUUGAGGAUGAAGUAGAAUUGUCUGAUCAGAUUCAUUCAUUGCACCAGUCUCUUAGAGAUCUUAGUAGUGACCAAAUACGGCUUGGAGAUGACAUUGACAGAGAAAUUGUCCGUCGAAACAGGACUGACACUGAAACAAAGAAAACAUUGGAUGAUUUAUCAGCAAGGAUUAAAGAUUCAGAUAAGCAAGAAACAGUAUCAGAGCGUGUUGAAAGACGAUUGCAGCAGAUAGAGAGAGAGAUGCGCACUGAGCGGCAACAAGUAGAAAGACGUCAAGAUCAUUUUGGGCUAGUGUCUCAUCAGCUUCAGGGGGCUUUGAGGAAACGUGAAGCAAAACUCAGUGAAACGGAAGAUAUAAUGAAGAGCAGGCUUUAUAAGUCAGAAAGUGAAAAGAGUCAGAUUGAACAAGAAUUAGAAAGAACUCGGAGAAAGUUGGAUCAAGCAGAAGGUGGAAGGGGCACACUUCUUCAGCAGAUCGAUGACUUAAGAACUCAGCUUUCAAAAACAGAUAAAGAUCGUUUAGAUCUGCAGCAGCAAAUUUCCCAGAUAGCAUUGCUUCAGAGAAGUCGUCAUGAAGAUGAAGAAAGUGAAAAGCGUUUAAGAGCAGAACACACAUCAUCUGAGAAGCGUGAACUGGAGAAACAAAUACAGGAUUUGAGACUCCAGCUAAAUCAAAAUAUUAUGAUUUCAGAAGUGGAGGAAUUAAAAAGAUCCCUUGAUCGCAAGGAACGUGAAAAAGCACAACUUUUAGCGCAUAUUGAGAUUCUUUCAUCAGAUCUUGAAAAGAGAGAGAAGCAGCAGUUAAGAAUGCUAGAUCAGCUGAAGGAAAUCCAGAACCUCUAUGAAAACUGUGAAGUAGAUCGCAAAAGAUUGGAACACCAGGUGGACGAGCUGUUCAGCCAGUUGAAGGAUGCAGGCAAGGAAUCAGAAAAACAUUUAAAGCUAUUGAAAGAAACUGAGCUUCAGAAGGAAGAGAGUGAGAAAAAGAAAGAAGAGCUAAAAGUUAAGGCUCAGGAGUCUAUAAAUCAAUGGAAAUUAAAAUGUAAGAAAGCUGAACGAGAACUUCAGAAACAAAAGGAGGCAGCUGAACAAAUGAUGGACAGUAACAGUCGGGCAGCUAAAGACAAAGAAGCCCUACAAGUUCAAAUCCAGUCAGUGAUGACACAGGCAGAUAACCUUCGAAAGGAACUAGGUGAAGUCAUCUCAAAACUAGCACAGAAAGAGGAAGAAAUUCAUCGUAAGGAUGUAGUACUCAAUGAAACAAAAUCUCAGCAAAUGGACCUGGAAUGUGAAAUUCGUAAUAUUCGUGAGGUGUCCAGUAAAUUGGAGAAUGAAGUGGAAAAGCAAAGCUUGCUGCACAUGCAAUUAAAGGAGGAGAACAAUAACUUAGAGAGUGAAAUCAUUGUUUUACGCCAGGAAAGAGAAAAAGAUCAAGCCUCAUUAAUUCAGAUGCAAGGUAUGAUCAAAGAUCUCAGCGCCAUUCGGGCUGAGUUAACUUUAAGAUUGGCAACAGAGGAGAGGAGCUACAAGGACCUAAAGAAAAGCCUAGCUGACCUUGAGGCACAGGAAGAAUCAUCCCAAAAUGAAUUGAUCUCUAUGACUCAUCAGGUCCAACUUGAAAGGGAGUUGCACCAAAGAGAGUUAUCAAACCUACAGUCUGAAAUAAAAAACCUGAAAACAAAACAUGAAAAAAGCCUCCAGGAAACUGUUCAGCUUUUCAGACAAGAAAGGGAUGAAUUAGAAACAUGCUUAAAAAAGCAUAAGGCAGAAACAACAGAGGACAAAAAUUUGAUUAAAGCCCACCGUCGACAGCUAGAAAAGAUAAAGAUUGAGUGUGACAAAUUGACUGAGGAACUAACCCGCAGUGAGGAGGGCAACAGUAAACUUAGGAGGAAGUACCAGUUGCUGAAACAGGAACUCCAAGAAAAAGAAAAACAUUUAAGUAAUGGUGAAGACCAUGCAAAUCGAAUGGAUGAAGUAAUUGGAAAAUUGAAGGAACAAAUUUUCCACAAGGAAACUGAGCAGGAAUCAAUACUUAAAACAGUUGGAGAAGAAAUUAACUCAAUCUGUGAAAUUUUAGCCAUGCACUCGGAUGAUAAAUUUAAGGCUGUAUCCCUAAUGUCUGAUCUGCAGAAGGAUCCUCACAGAUGGUUAGCUGAAAUGAAGACAAAACUACGAUGGUUGUGCGAAGAGGUAAAAGAGAGAGAAGGGCAAGGAAAGAAACUGAAGCAUCAUCUACAGCAAAUCAGGGAACAGCUGAAGAGUCUUAAACAAAGUAAAGAGUCAGACAGACAACUACUUAUUGAGCAGAUCACAAACCAGGACCGUCUGCUUGAGGAAAUCCACAGGGAAAAGAGAGAUUUACUUGACAAGUCACGAAGAAAGGAUGAUGAAAUACGAACACUGCAUGACAGAAUUAUGGACUUAGAAAUGAGUACCAGGUUGGCCCUUGACCACUUGGAGUCAGUUCCUGAAAAGCUUAGCCUGUUAGAAGACUUCAGGGAUUUGGAGGAAUCUCAACGUCAAAGGGAAAUGAUAGAACAGCGAUAUGCUAAAUAUAAAGAAAUUGUAGGGUCAUUGCAGCAUCACCUGGAGGAAUCGAAAAAACGACUAGAAGAAUAUAAGGAUGAAAAGUGGAAUGCAACAUCUCGAAGUACUCGUCUUGCAACUGUCUCAUCUUCUGUUCGUGGACGAAACAGCUUUCUAUCUAGCUCCUUUCUGACUGAUGACAGUUUACCUCAUCAACAAAUGACCUCUCUAGACUCCAACAUCAUCCAAGAGCAAAGUCACAGCAUGAAAAAAAAUGCCAAAUUUCAAGCUGAAAAAGAUGAUGAAUGAUGAAUGGUUGUAUAGUCUAGUUGUGUGUUUUACUUGAUUUGUUUUUUGGAUUUAUCACAUUUUCUAAGCUAAUUUGCCACAGUGCCUUCGUUUUCUACAUUUUUUUAUGAUUUUAUUUAAAAUAUAAUUAUAAUACAUACAAUAUGAUGGUUGUUUAUAAUUGCCAAAAUGAAAAUUCUUUAUCAUGAGUCAGUUCUGUCAAAGUAACUGUAUAGCUAUGUUAAUUCAUUACAUUAAAAGCAAAAGGAGGCUACUUUUUGGAUAAACCAUCAGUCUUACAUGCAUUGCAAUUUAAAUAAUCAUUGAACCUUCACCCUGAUUUUUUUUUAUUUUGAUUCCCAAUUAUUAUCAAUUUUAAC